CUAUCUGAUUGCGUCUUCCUCAUUUCUCAUUCGUAAAUAACAGAGAUUUUUCUUUCUCUUUAUGUUUUAUCGGGCAUUCCUUUUUUGACAUUUUUUAUUUAUUUUGUUGGGGACGUCUUUCAUUUUGGUUUGACAGAAGCAGAUGUAUACUCACACCUUCUAACUUGCUGAUGUCACAUCAAUCAAUACGAAGAGACUAAAAAAGAAACAAAAUAAAAUUUUUCUUAAAAAAUCAACAAUAAUAAAAAUAAUAAACAUUGCUUUGCAACAUGGAGGCUCUUGAUAUUCUAGAGAAACGCAUUGAUACACUGACACGCAUUUUGGGAGUACCCCAAGAUGCCAACACCGGUGAAUCAUCAAAGGUACCAGCCGAAAAUGUUGUUGACUCUUUGGUUUCGGCCAACAACAUUGUCAACGAAGCAAUAUCUGGGCGUGAAAAAAUCAAGACAAUUGUAGAUCGUAGUGAAGAACUGGAAACCUAUUUGGAUCCACAUUUCCUGGAAGAAAAUCAACAAGUUCGAGCCAAGGAAGUGUACCUAAACGCUGUGGCCAAUGAUUUGCACACCCAGUUUCAACAAUUGGAACGUAUAAAAGAGCUGGAGCCAACGUUGGGAGCAGAAUAUUUCCGUAACAUUCCCGGCGGAUGUGUGGACAAAUUAAAACAAAUUAAUGAGGACAACAAGGAAUUCGCCCAACAAGCGGAGUUGAUUGAGGAAAGUUUAAUUUUGGCCAUGAAACGUUAUGGCGAAAUACAAAAAGGUCUGCUAGACUCAUUGGGAGCCAUGAACAAGCGGCUCGAGGCGGUGGAAGAGCGCUUGCAACAAAACAAAAAAGACGAAAUGGAAAAAGAGCUACCUUCGGAAACAAAUAAUUAGUAGAAAAAGAAAGAGUAUUAAUCUUAUUUAAAAUAAGCUUGUAAAAAACAAAUAGAAUCAUGUAUAAUUUAUUAUUAUGGGAUUGUGAAUGGACUGCAUAAAUAAUAAAACAUUUAAUUUAUAGCCUAAAAGCAAA